AUGUGGUUGAAUGUUUUAACUGUUCUGUCAUUUAUCUGUUUCGGAUUUUUAUUAGAUGUAAGUUCUGGGAAUGCUGAAUCAAUGGAUGCUGAUCUUGUGAAAAAAAUUAACCAUGUUAACGACAAAUUGGAAACCAUGGUCAGCAAUUACCACGAGCUUCUUAAAACAGUUCGAGAUGACGGACUUAAGCUUGAUUCUCUGAUUAAACAAAACCAAACUUUAAAUCAAAGGCUUAACAAUUCUGUGGACAAAAUGGAGAAACUAGUUACAAAUGAACAAUUCUUAAAUCUAACGAUCCAGGCAUUACAAACACUUACCUCAGAACAACAACGUGCGAUAAAUGAAGAAAAAAACAUGUCUAAAAAAUUGACAAGCAAUUACAGCGAUCGUCUGUUCAACGUAAAUCGCGAAGUUGAAUUUCUGAAAAAACAAAACCGUUAUUUAGAACGAACGCUUAAUAUCACUGUGGAAAAAAUGGAGAAGUUAAUGUCAGAAAAGGAAACAUCAAGUUAUAACAUUGAGAAUUUACAAAACAUUACUUCACAACAAAAACAUGAGUUAAAACAAGUAGAAAAUAAAUCCAAAGAAUCGACGAUUUCCAUAGGAUUCUCUUUGACUUUAUUGAAUGAUGAAUUCCAGGAACUGACAAAUUCCACACGUAUUGGCUUUAAAAAUGUAAACGGAAAAAUUUUAAAGGAAAAGAAAUUGCUGAGAACAGAAAUGCAGAAUUUUGAGAAACGGAUUAAACAAAGGAUUAACAAAAAGCUUGACAAAAUAGUUGAUGGACAAUGGAGCAGUUGGAUAGAUACACCUUCCAGUGUAACGUGUGGUGUUGGUUGCCGUUUGCGGUAUCGCGAAUGUUCUAAUCCAUAUCCUCAACAAGGCGGGAAAAAAUGUACAGGAAGUAGAAAUAAACAUGUCAAGUGCCAGCAGUAUGACCCUUGUCCAGUGCAUGGAACAUGGAGUGUUUGGAGCGAAACCACUUGCAGUGUAACAUGUGGUGUUGGAACCAGUUUACGAUAUCGCAAUUGUUCUAAUCCACAUCCGCAAUAUGGAGGGAAUAACUGUACAGGCAAAAGUAUAGACCAUGUCAUAUGUACUCAUACUGACAAAUGUCCAGCACAACUCGUACAACCGUCUAUAAGAAUCGAGCCAACUUUCCAAACAGUGAACGAAUUUGAGACAGCAGAAUUCAGAUGUAUUGCAACUGGUCGACCAACACCAACAGUAGAAUGGCGAAGAGGAACUGGUACUAUGAACCCCAGUGCUGUAAUAUCUGGUGGUGUGUUGAAGAUACCAGCUGCUCUAAGAAGUGACGAGGCCCAGUACUUAUGCCAGGCUAUAAAUGUAGCAGGAAGCACACUAGAUAGAACCAUUCUUUAUGUAAAAUCUAAUCCACGACCACUGACACUCAUUGUACGACAAGUAGCCAUUAUUGCAACAAUAGGAAGUACCGAACAACUUAUUUGUUAUAUUGACGAUAAUUCCGUCAGACCUACGUUGAUCUGGUCAAGGAAUGGAGGUCUUCCGUCAGGCUCAAGACAAGACAAUGGUGUUUUGACCUUGAACAACAUUCAGUCAUCUCAUGCUGGUUCCUAUGUGUGUUCAGGUAAAACACCAAAUGGAGCCAUGGGAAAAGCCACAGCUACUCUGACUGUACGACCUGAAAUAGAAACCACAGUUCCAAAUGCAUCAGUGACACCAGAUAGAACAACUAUCUCCGAGGGAACUAAUGGUACCAUUAGAUGUAACGUCACUGGUACCCCACAACCCAAGAUAACAUGGUCGAAAUCUAGAGGAGAAUUGACAGAAAGACACCAGGUAUUUCGAGAAACGUUAAUAAUUACUAAUGCCCAAGUAGAGGACCGUGGGGUAUACAUCUGCCGUGCUGAGAAUACUGCAGGGUUAGGACAAGACAGGGCCAUUGUAGAAGUUCAAAGAAGAGUUAAGCUUAGGUUGGACAUCUAUCCAGGAAUAUCUCAGACAAUUAUGAUGGGAGAAAGCGCAUUGUUUAGAUGUCGUGUAAUGGGCGGAGACCCUCCUCCAAAUGCAACAUGGUCUCGAGCUGGAGGACAGCCAAUCGUGUCCACCAUAGACACGACGGAUAAUGGAGUCAUCAAGUUUAAAGACGUGACAGGGGAGGAGUCAGGCGUUUACAUUUGCACGGUCACAAAUGAAAUGGGAUCUGUGACAGCGACAGCCACACUACGAGUUAUUGGUAAGGUUCCAUCAACAGUAUCUGUCUUUACCUACCGUCAGUGGUUAACAUUCAAUAUAGUUCUCCUAUUCACAGUAUAUCAACAGUAUUUGUCUAUACCUACCGUUGGUGGUUAA